UGUGGAAGAAAAUUUGCUGAAUUGAGAUUCAAGGAUGAGUUCAAGAAGAGCAAACGGAAAUGGGAGGGACAAGCAAGUCAUUGAAGUAAACAGUAGGCAGCUGAGCCAAGGUGUAGCUGAUCUUAGCCUGGGUUCGGAAGAAGAUAGUGGAGGGUGGGAACAAGUUGGGAAGAAAUCAAAGAACAGAACUGGAAGCAAUGCUGCAAAAGGUGCCGAAAAGUCUAACACAAAAGCAUGGGCGCUGCAAGAUGUUCAAAAGGACAAUGUGUGGAGUGGUAACAGAGGAUCACAAGUUAAACCAGCUGGAAGAGGAAACUCAAGGCCGCAACCUAACAGUACCCCUCAACAAGGGAUUACCCCUGCACUGCCCAAUGGGUGGAAUUGGAAGUCAAAGGUUGGCAACAGUGACAGAUAUGUGCCUGCCGCUGCAGCUUAUCCUGCUGGUGACAAUGAUGAGUCUGAUCCUUCGAGUGACCUUGAUGAUGAUGACGACGAUGACAAUGAUGAUUAUGAUGACAUUUUCAGUGAUGAAUCAGACUCUAGUCGAAUGAGUCACGACACUCAAAAGAAUAGCAAGUGGUUCAAGGAUUUCUUCGACAUUUUGGAUAAGUUAAGAGUGGAGGAGAUAAAUGAUCCUAAUAGGCAGUGGCACUGUCCUGCUUGCAAACGGGGUCCUGGUGCCAUUGAUUGGUAUAAAGGCAUGCAGCCAUUGAUCAGACAUGCGGAAACAAAAGGAUCUAAGAGGGUGAAGUUACACAGGCAGCUUGCACAACUUCUGGAAGCAGAGAUGAAGGUGCGGGGUACAAGUGCCAUACCUGCUGGUGUGGUGUUCGAUAAAUGGGUGGUAUUAAACAAGGAUGACAGUGAUCACAAAAUUAUCUGGCCUCCAAUGGUUUUUAUCAUGAAUACUAGACUUGAAAAAGAUGCAAGUGACAAAUGGAAGGGUAUGGGCAAUGAGGAGCUUUUACAGUGCUUUACCUCUUAUCGUGCUCUGAAGGGUAAACACUCUUAUGGCCCUGAAGGACACCGUGGGAUGAGCACUUUGAUCUUUGAGCCUUCGGCAAUGGGUUACUUUGAGGCUGCACGGCUGCAUAGGCAUUUUGCUGAGCAAGGUUUGGGCAAGGAUGCUUGGGAUCAUAGUCCUGUGUUGUUUCGAAGUGAUAAACGACAGCUUUAUGGUUACAUGCCAACAAAACAAGACUUGGAUAUAUUCAACCAGCACUCAGAAGAGAAGCUGAAGCUGAAAUUUGAGAUAAGGUCCUACGAGGAGAUGGUGCUCCACCCCCUGAGGAAGAUGAGUGAUGACAGCCAACAGGUUAACUAUAUGAAGACCAGGGUGGCUAAAGAAGAGAAACACAGUCAGGGUCUAGAAGAAGCUCUUCGUAUAGUAAAUGAGAAGAUGCUAAAGAUACAGGAGGAAAAUCGUGUUUUGAGGGAGAGGACCAGAAUGCACUAUGAACAAAACAAAGACGAGAUGGAUCUCCAAGAGGAGUUUUACAAAGAUAUGCUAUCCCGUACCCAAAAUUGAUAUGUCAGCUCAAGUCUAUGAGUUAUGAUGACAAUGAUGAGUCUGAUGCUUUGAGUGACCUUGAUGAUGAUGACGACAAUUUCGGGACUAUGUUUUGCAUUACAAGUGCUGUUUGAGUCGGCUUCUUUUUAGAUGCUUUAUUUCAAGAACAAUAUUAAAUUUUGGAUUUACAACUCCUCUUUGAAUGGGGCAGCUCUGGCAUCAGUUUCUUCAUCAAGGCUUUAUU